AUGUGGAGGCCCCGAGAGGGAUUUCUGGACGGAGAACUUCAGGAGCAGGAAGACGAACCCCAAAAGACUCUCCGUACACGGGGUACAUCUGGCAUUGAGGAGGAGGCCUGCUUACCUGGAGGACAUCCCCCCCACCAGUCCACACUAACCUAUCAUACAGAGCCUCCAUCUAUGCAUAUUAAGGAGGAACCCUGCUCUGGUGAGGAACAUCACCACCAGCAUGACAUCUCCACCCCGACCUAUCAUUCACAGGCCCUGCCGACACAUAUUAAGGAGGACCCGCUCUCACAUGAAGAACAGUCCCUCUAUUAUGGUGACACUUGCCUUAGAGCGGACGAUCUGAAAUAUGUAACUGUUUGUGUUAAGGAAGAAUCUGAUGAGGAAGAAUUCCGGCACCUUGAGUGUCCUCCUCCAGAACAGUCUAUAUCUAUGUCCAUCAAGGAGGAACCCCUCUCACGUGAAGACCAUCUUCCCCAUCAUGACCUCUCCACACAUCAUACACAGUCUCCAUCUACUUAUAUUAAGGAGUCAUGUGAAGACCAUGUCACCCAUCCUGAUCUUUCCACACUUCAUACAAAGCAUCUAUCUACUCAUAUUAAGGAGGAACCCGUCUCAUGUGAGGACCAUCUCCCUCUUCCUGACCACUCCCAACAUCAUGCACAGCCUCCAUCUACUCGUACCAAGAAGGAACCACUCUCAUGUGAGGACCAUCUCCCUUUCCCUGACCAUCUCCCUCUUCCAGACCACUUCCAACAUCAUGCACAGCCUCCAUCUACUCGUAUCAAGGAGGAACCCAUCUCAAAUGAAGAACAGUCCCUCCCACAUGCUGACACCUACCCCGGGCCUGACAACCUGCAAUAUGUAACUGUUUGUGUUAAGGAAGAAUGUUAUGAGGAAGAAUUCUGUCACCCCGGCUGUCCAUCCACCACUCAAUCUAUACCCACGUACAUUAAGGAGGAACCCAUCUCAUGUGAAGAACCCCUGACCUAUCCUGACAUUGCCACUGGCAAGAGACAGACACCGAAUGCUCUGCCACCUGAACACCACCAGCUGCUGUCCACAAGCACGGCAGGAGGUCCUGAUGGGGUGCCGUGUUUGUCCCCUGGUGGUGGACAAUCUCCCAGUCUGACGGAAGGGCAGAAUGGUCGUACGACCACGAAGAAGACAUUAGAGUGUCCUGAGUGUGGGAAAGUUUUCCAGCGGAACUACCAACUGGUGGAGCACCAGAGGCGGCACUCGGGGGAGCGCCCUUACCAGUGCACCGAGUGCGGCAAAGGGUUUGUUAGAAGGAGCCACCUUCAGAUGCACUUUAAGAACCAUUCUGGGGAGAAACCCUUUCAGUGCCCUGAGUGUGGGAAGCAGUUCAUCCAGAACUCUGAACUCUCCGCCCAUCUACGGAGGCACCGGGGUGAGAGGCCCUUCCAGUGUCCAGAGUGCAGUAAGUGCUUCGCCACCAACUCCCACCUCGUCACGCACUCGCGGACCCACACGGGUGAGAAGCCGUUCGGGUGCCCAGAAUGCGGGGCCUGCUUCCGAACCAACGGGCACCUCAACCAGCACCUGAGGAUCCAUGCCGGGGACAAACCCUUCAAGUGCUCUGAGUGUGGGAAAGGCUUCCUGUGGAAAGGACAGCUCGACCUCCAUCAGAGGAGCCACACGGGGGACAGGCCCUACGAGUGCCCUGACUGCGGGAAGCGAUUCGCUGCCAAGUACAAGCUGGAGGCCCAUCGGCGAUCGCACACAGACGAGGCGCUGAGGUGCACCCACUGUGGGAAGGCCUGUCGGGAUAAGGAGACUUUGGUCGUCCACGAGCGGGUCCACACGGGGGAGAAGCCCUUCGGGUGCCCGGAGUGCGAGAAGAGCUUUUCCAGCACCGCACUCCUGACAUUACACCAAAGGGUUCACACCGGAGAGAAGCCAUAUCAUUGCCCCGAAUGCGGCCGGAGCUUUGCCCAGAACUCCACUUUACGCCGCCAUCUCGCUAUCCCCACCUCGGAGAAGCCCUUCGAGUGCACCGAAUGCGGCAAGUGCUUCCUGAGGAAGCGCCAGCUGGUCGUCCACCAGCGGACUCACACCGGCGAGAGGCCGUUCCAGUGCCCGGAGUGCGGCAAGCGCUUCGCGGAGAAGGGCAAGCUGGUGAGGCACGGCCGGGUCCACACCGGGCAGAAGCUGUACCUGUGCGAGCAGUGCGGCAAGUGCUUCUCCGACAGCUCGACCCUCAUCAAACACAAGCUGGUGCACACGGGGGAGCAGUACAUCUGCACCGACUGCGGCCGCAGCUACAACUACAAGACGUCGCUCAUUAAGCACGCCAGGGUGCACGCAGGGAAGGCCUUUGCCGCCAAUAUGUGCCGCGAUUGUGUCCCCAAAGUGCCACCAACCUGUCGGCCUGUUGCCAACCCCCGAUCUCUCUACUAUCAUACAGAUGACGUGUCCAGGGCCUUCACUAACCGACGUGUGCACACCAGGAAGACGCCCGUCGAGACGUCUGGCAAAGCCACAACGCUGGCGGACCCCAGGCUGAAGGCCACCAAGCAGAGCGUCAAGAAGAACCCGUUCCAGUGCUCGGAGUGCGGCAAGUCGUUCGUCUGGAGCUGCAACCUGGUGGCGCACAUGAAGAUCCACACCUCGGAGAAGCCCUUCGAGUGCACCGAAUGCGGCAAGUGCUUCCUGAGGAAGCGCCAGCUGGUCGUCCACCAGCGGACUCACACCGGCGAGAGGCCGUUCCAGUGCCCGGAGUGCGGCAAGCGCUUCGCGGAGAAGGGCAAGCUGGUGAGGCACGGCCGGGUCCACACCGGGCAGAAGCUGUACCUGUGCGAGCAGUGCGGCAAGUGCUUCUCCGACAGCUCGACCCUCAUCAAACACAAGCUGGUGCACACGGGGGAGCAGUACAUCUGCACCGACUGCGGCCGCAGCUACAACUACAAGACGUCGCUCAUUAAGCACGCCAGGGUGCACGCAGGGAAGGCCUUGUAUGGGCGGGGCGGAGGUGGGAGUUAA